AUGGAUACCACAUACAAUGAGCACAACAUCACAAUCCAAUACUUCUUUCAUGAAAACAACUCAUCUUGCAGAAAGGAGCUACACACUCCAACCAACCUGCUCAUCCUCUCUCUGGCUGUGGCGGAUCUUCUCGUGGGAUUGAUUGCUAUGCCUGUGAAUAUAAUGAAAUUCAUGGACUUUUGUUGGUAUCUUGGAAAAAUGACAUGCAUUUUUUCAGAAAUAAUCACUGGCCUUUCAACAUCAGGAUCUCUCUUUAGUCUGGUUUUCAUUGCUGUUGAUCGGUACAUGGCUGUCUGUGAUCCUCUGCUUUAUUCUAGUAGAAUCACAGUUUGUAAAAUGUCAGUAUUUAUAACUCUUGGCUGGUCUUUAUCUCUGCUGUAUGUCGUAAUCUAUUAUUACUCUAAUGACCAUAUUCUUCCAUCUCAGACAUCCACUAAAUGUUAUGGAGAGUGUGCAGUGUUGAUAAAAUAUUAUUGGUUGAUUAUUGACCUGGUAUUUUCUUUUCUAGUUCCAUGCUCUGUCAUACUGGUCCUGUAUUCAAUCAUUUUUAAGGUGGCAAGACGUCAAGCUAAAGCUGUUAGAGCUGUGACAAAUGCAAUCUCACGUAAAGUUUCAAGCUCCUCUGAAACCAAAGCAGCAAAAAUACUGGGAAUUGUCAUUUUUAUGUAUCUUGCUUGCUGGAUACCUUUUUAUUUAAGUUCUUUGUCACUUGAAAGUGUCACAUCUGUGUCAAUGGUGUGGACUGUCUUUGGAUGGCUGAUUUGCAUUAACUCCUCUGUGAAUCCAUUAAUUUAUGCCAUAUUCUACCCCUGGUUUAGAGAAUCAGCUAAGUAUAUUCUUUCAUGUAGAAUAUUUGAAUACUCUUCUUCAAAGUUUAAUUUGUUUCCCCAACGUUUUUAA